AUGUCCAAUCUCUUGACCAUACCAUUCAAGAAAUCGUAUGCUCUUGACAUCAAGGAACCUGUUCGAAACUACCUUCUUCAUCACAACGCCGCCCAUCCCGAUGCCUUUCGAGACGAUAUCGCACGGUGGCAGUCCUUACGCAAUCAAACACUGGGUGGAACCGUUCAUGUCGAUCGAGUGAAUGCUGCUUUGAGCUACCAUGCCCAGUUACUCUCUAUCAUCUCCAAACUUCCUCAGGAUAUCGGACUCGAGAUUGCUUAUGCUCACGUAUUCUCCCCCUCAAGCGUCCCUGUUACACUGAGGAAUCUUUCCUUCGAAAGAGCAGCCGUCAUUUUUAACCUUGCUGCCCUCUACUCCCAACUGGCUGCCUCAGAGGAUCGGUCUAACUCGGAUGGUAUCAAACGCGCAAUUCCUUACUAUCAGCAAGCAGCAGGCACCUUCAACUACCUUCGCACCUCGGUCCUACCGAAGGUCGCCUUCUCUGAAGAUGAUGAAGAAAACCCGCUUGAUCUGUCGCUGCCAUUCGUCCAUGGCUUAGAGUGGCUCAUGCUCGCCCAAGCGCAAGAAUGUUGGUGGCAAAAUGCGAAGCUGAGCAAGCAACUUCAAGAAUCCACUUUUGGCCAAGCUCGCAGUCCACGUUGCGCUGCCACCUUGUACCAAUCUGCAAUCGAAACAAUACAUGCAGCGUCUCCCCCCAUAACACCUCUUUUCCCUAAUGGAUGGUUGGCACACAUCGAUGCAAAGCGCUAUCACUUCGAAGCAGUCGCGCAAUAUCGGCAAAGCUUAGCAGAAUUGGAAGGCAGCCACUAUGGCGCAGAAAUUGCACGUCUUGACCUAGCACGAUCCGCUUCUAAGAAGGCAUAUGAAGGAGCCCGACGAGGCAAAGUUGCUCCUGCUGUUGUCCAAGACGUUCAAUCUCUUCUAGAUAGCCUUCAGAAAGAUUUUGCUCGUGCUGAGCGAGACAACUACUUGAUAUAUCACGAUGAUGUUCCCGCAGCUUCUGCCCUUCCUCUCAUAUCACCAUCGGACAUUGCCAAACCCACAGUUGUGCCAGGACUUUCGAAUCCCGACAGCCUCAUUGGCCGAGAAGGGCCACUUUUUGCGGACUUGAUUGGUUGGGGAGCACGUGCAGCGAUCGAUAUCUACAACGACCGCAAGUCACAUCUUGUCCAGGAUCGUAUAUCAGAAGCUGCUCAACGACUCAAGGACACUGCAGACGAGAAUCUACGUGAACAAAACCUACCGUCUGCCCUCGAAGCGCUGGAGCGUUCUUCUGGUUUGCCUCCUAGCUUGUUGCAAAAAGCGGAGCAAGUCAGGCGCGAAGAGGGACCAGCACGAAUUGAGGCUGCAUUGGCCGAUCGGGACCGCCUCGCUCGUCAAGAUGCUGUUAUAAUCAGUGAAGCUAUGGACAUCUUGGACAAUGAGGCAUCUGAAGACGAGGCAGUGAGAUCAGAUCCAUCAUAUAAUCGUGCACCCUCUUAUGAAGCCAAUGUUGAGCUCGUCGAGAAAGAGCGACGAUUCAGGGAUAUUCUCGCUCGAGCCGCAGAGAGCGAUGAGACUGUACAGCAAAAAUGGGAUGAUUGGGAGGCCAGCAUCAUUCUUCUCGCUGGAGAGGAGUCCGAACUCGAAGCAGUUGUUCCCUCGACAACCAUCUCCAGCUCUCAAGAUACUGAGUCAUCAAAACAUGCACGGCUGUUGCGUGUGGCUUUGGAAGCUCUAGACACUCUACAUCGCAACCUUCAAGACUUCGUUCGACGGGCGCAAAGCCUCGAAGCCGCUGAUGACAUUCACUCACGCAUCGUUAGUGCCGCCUCCGGUUUGGAGAGACUUGCCGAGGUUAAACCAGAAAUCUUUGAGGAUGUUAUGGACGAAGAACUUGCCAAGUAUGACAAGUUUCUCGACGAAGUGGCCAAGGCAGAGAGUAAACAGAACGAAUUGUUGGCAGAUAUCAAGCGAUAUAACGACCUCUUCGUACAAAGUCGCCGGGAAGAUUCCAGCGUUAAAGCACGAGAAGAAGCAUUGCGAUCGCUGGAGCAGAGCUUCCAAAAGUAUCGCGAAAUCGUGAAGAAUCUCAACGAGGGCAUUCAAUUCUACAAUAACCUUGCUCAGCUGUUCCACGAAUUCAAAGAGGAAUGCAAGGUAUGGGCAUUGUAUAGAAACUCGGAACUCCAUUCACUUGUGCGAUCGAUGGAAGCGGUAACGGUGAAGGACCAACCAUCGAAUCAACUUCCGCCGAUGUCGGACUGGGGAUUUGAGGAAGUGCAGCUUCCACCUCCUCCACCGCGAAGAUGA